AUGAGUGAUCAGGCACUAUCCUUGAUCCUCUGCUGCAAAUGCGGUGUUCCAAUACAUUCCAAUACUGCAAAUAUGUGCUUUACAUGCUUAUCCGGUGACGCAGAUAUCGCUGCUCAUAUUGAUCGCCAAAAUACUAUAACAUUUUGCCCGAAAUGCGAACGUUAUUUGAGUCCUCCAUCCAACUGGAUAUGUGCUGAACCAGAGUCUCCGGAGUUACUUGCAUUGUGUAUAAAAAGAAUUCGAGGUUUAAAGAAGGGUUUGGAUGUUCGGAGCGCUAGAUUCAUCUGGACGGAGCCUCAUAGUAGAAGAAUAUCCAUAGAGGUAACUGUACAUGGUGCAUUGCAAACUGGUGAUCUUGUUGAGCAAAGAAUUCCUAUUGAUUUUACAGUUCACUCACAACAGUGUACUGCAUGUACUCGUAACGCUGCCAAGGAUUAUUGGAAUGCUUGUGUUCAAGUUCGUCAGAAGGUGGAUCAUAAAAAGACAUUGCUACACUUGGAACAAGUUAUCCUUCGAUCUGGUGUACACAAAACUUGUUCCAAUAUUAAACAAGUUUCAGGUGGUAUUGACUUCUUUUUCAGCACACGUUCACAAGCUGCUACUUUUGUCAAUUUUCUUUCGAAACGUUCACCUUGUCGUUGUCAAACUGCACAACAUUUAAAAUCCCAUGAUGUACAUAACAAUACAUACAAUUACAAGUAUACAUUUUCUGUGGAGAUUGCACCAGUUUGUAAAAAUGAUGUAGUCUGUUUAUCACGAGCACAAUCACAAAAACUUGGUGGAAUUGGUCAGUUAUGCAUAGUUACGAAAGUCUCUGAGUCAAUUCACUUAAUUGAUCCUUUAACUUGUCAAGUUUGUCAUGUGGACAGUAAAGCCUAUUUCGCAUCACCUUUCACCUCGAUAACAACACAAAAACAUUUAUCUCCAUUUAUUGUCCUUGAGAUUGAAGAAGGUGAAGAUGAAAGACGUCAGUCGAACUCUUCAAAAAAAUCUUUCACUACAUCAACAACCUCAUAUCCAGUCGGUGCAAAAUUAUCUAAAAAACAUUCACCAAUAUCUGUUUGGGUAAUGAGAGACCCAACUGAUGGUGUAGACUUGGUUCAGUUGAAUAAUGAAUCUGAUGAAGGUAUGAUUCAUGCUAGAUCACAUCUUGGGCGUAUUUUACAUUCUGGAGAUAAAGUUCUUGGAUUGGAUUUGAGAAAUUGUAAUAUUAAUCAUCCAGAAUUUGAAAAACUACCAGAGGAUAAAGUACCUGAUGUGAUUUUAGUAUUACGACCUAGUCAACCAAAACCGACAAGUGUUGAUGAGAAAGAGGAGGGGGGUAACGGUGGUCCAAGUAAACGGAAACGUAUUCGAAAGCAUUCAUUCGGUGUAGCAGAUUCUGAAAUGGAUACUACUUCACAAACAAUGCCUACAGGAUACUCAUCAUCCGACGACGAUGACGAUGAAUAUGCUUCGUUUGAUGAAGAAGACGAACAAACAGAGGUAGAAAAUGGCGCUGAUGAAAAAUUCAAAGACUUGGAAAUGGAUGUUAAUUGGGAAGAUGCUUGUGAGGAAUCAUCCAUGAAAUAA